AUGUGGGGCUCGACUGCGAUGCGGAAACCGGGUGCCAUCGCAGCUCUGCUCCUUUUCAUAGAAUGGCAUUGCCGGCCAAUUAAUUGCGAGGAUUUUGAUACUGGCCUGGACGCCACGAGUCUUUUCGUAUCUCCAAACCAGCCAUCCGGUGCUCAAUAUAAUACUCAACCGACCCAUGAGAUUGGCCUUGAUUGCUCCGUCAAUAGUCAUACAAAUGUAGAAGGUCUUCCUGCGCGGCUAAACAUAGUUGCACCAGCAUACAGAAGCCACAUGAUGUCCUGGACUCUGCUUUCCACUGCGAUUUCCCUUGCUCAAGAGAUAGGCUGCUUUAGUCAAGAUGUUCUGACCAACACGACAUUGGCAAGACGGGGAGCUGUGUCUGGCUCUGUACGAUUAGAAUGGAAUCGGACUCUAUGCACAUUCAUCCACCUGACCGAUCAAAACCUUUCACUUCGACUGAGACUAGAACCGCAGUUGCCAGGUAGCCGCUGCGGCAAUAUGGUUGAUCAACUUCACCAGUGCUUCAGCCUUGAUAGCUUCUGGGAAAGUGCAAUUGAUCUGGCCGCUCACACAGAUAAGGCACGGGAACUAUUAUGCAGUUGGAGGAGUGGUGAGCUUGGCGUCCAGUCUGCUCCACUGACUGCUUCAUGGGAGAGGUUCAGAAGAGGGCUCGAUCGGUGGAAGAAGCAACAUGCUCCCAUAAGCAGCGAGCGGGAUCUAUCAUUGCCCAGAGUGUGUCUCAGUCUAGAGUAUUUUUACAUCCGACUCUGUGGUCUUAGUCCAGCAGCGCAUGUCUUUGAGAGUUCAUCUGGCGACGAUCAAAGAGAUCCCAAUAUGCCGAUACUGUCACAACUUGCCAAUGAUGCCGUUCAGACGUCGAUUGAUUUGCUGAGCUGUGUGACCCACGAUCUUACUCCGUCAACAUUGUUCAAGUACGUCGGUGUCAGGUAUUGGUUGUACAUCGUCUGUGCCUCAUUAUUUCUUCUGAAGGCAACGCUCAGAGUGGAGGAGCGACUGGAAGAUAGCCAUCCACACAUCCUACUGAUACGUCAAGCUGUGCGUGCAAUCAAGCAGAAUGCUCCCGACGACAUCCAUAUGUCCCAGCGUUAUGCAACUCUGCUUGAUAUCUAUGUUAACGCCGCUCUACGAUCUUCACCCUCCGCGGUCAUAUCGGAAGACAUUUUCCGCUGGGAGCACGACGACUCCAGCACCUCGAACUGUGGCCCUGUUCAAGGCUAUACACUCGAUCAGGGGAACAACGUAAUGUUUGACUCUAGUUUCUGCAACUACCUGCCGGAUAUGGUGGGCCUAGACGACAUAUUCAGUUGGCUUCCCGCCGGGAGCGACUGA